AGCCGUCAGUACGAAACAACACCUCUGACAGAGAAACUCGACUCUCCGAUCUGCUCACACCAGCCUGCGAUAUGCACCUCCUGCACUUUACAUACGUUUAGAUUUACACGCGAGAUAAUAUCGAGAAAUAAAAUUAUCGAGGAAUACUGGACAUAAACUGGACAUUAAACUCCCAUACGCGGCCAUUCCACAAAGAUAUUUUACAACUGCAACACUGAGGAACAAUGUUCUGUUUGUCGAUCGGUGGCAUUGAUGAAUCAACCAGCUGGUGAACUGAUUGGCGAUAAGUCUAUUAGCUUACGAAUCGAACACUACGCGUUCGGGAUAAUUGUGUAAUUACAGUGCGAUUAAUCGCGAUGAACCUCUAUGACGUGAUAAUAAUUUGCUCUGCAAAUUUGCAAAUGAGAUACGUAUUCUGUGAUUGUGAGUUGAUAUUAGCUGCCGUGCCUGGUUAGUGUGUUUAUUCUCUGUCAACAAUUUCACAUACAAUCUGAACUCGGUGCAACAGGUCAGUCAAGUAGUCACCAGGAUCACGAUUUGACGUGAUCUUCGUAAUUAAUUAAAUGCAGGCAUAUAAAAUUCAACGAGAAAUCUACCAAUAUCGCAAACAGCAUUUAAAACAGUGAAAAUGACGUAAGAUCAAAUGUGCAGUGCGGAAAGAAAAGUGUGAACCGUCCCACCAGAAGCUGCAGCGAAAUGCGUCGACAGUGAGAGACCGCAAGAGCGAAAAUCCGUCAAGAUGCAACCACUCGUUCUUCCCUUUUUGCUGCUAUCUUUAACGUGUGGCGUGAGAUUUGGCAGCGGUCAUCUGAUAGAUGGAAUUUUCACGGAGCCGACUUUGGAACCGGGUUAUAAUCUGGUGGCGGUGGUCCCACGUGGCGCCUUGGCACUGAACGUGACCGAACUCCGUCGCACGCAGAACUAUCUUGCGAUUAGAUUGCAAGAUGGUAGCUACUUGCUUAAUGGGAAUAAUUUUAUCAACUGGUCUGGCGAGUACAAAGGGGCCGGAACAACAUUUGUUUAUCGUCGUCAGAGUCCUCAGAAUUUAGAAAGCUUUUCUGCCGCGGGUCCGUUACAGGAAUCUAUAGAUGUCAUGGUCUUGUAUCAGGAACCAAACCCUGGUAUUGUUUACCGAUAUCGCAUUCCCGGAAAUACAAAUUUACCGAGAAGUAAUCAUUUCCCGCAUAAUUCAGUUACCAAUAAAGGCGUUGAGCAUAGCUUACAAAAUAGAAGAUUCGAAAAUGGGCCAGCAGUGAGUGACGUAACAUCUCCACCGUAUUCGCCACGACGUUACAGGAAAAGAAAAUUUAUCUGGAAAGCGAUUGGUCAUAGUGAGUGCAGUAAAUCAUGCGGCGGAGGUGUACAGGUACUCAGACACGUGUGUAUCAAAGAGCACACGCAGCAGCCAGUACCGGAGAAGAGAUGUCAUGGGUUAGAGAAACUGCACGAAAUUCGUCUCAGAUGCAACACCAUGCCAUGUCCACCCAAGUGGCGCGGCGGACCAUGGAGUGACUGUUCUACUUCCUGCGGCGUCGGGAUCCGCACACGGGAACUUGAGUGCGUGCAGGAAGUAAAACCGUCGUUGACAAUGAGAGUCGCCGACGGUGCUUGCACCGAACCAAGAAAUUUGCCAACGAGCGAAGUGUGCGAGAUGCCAGCGUGCGAGGAGAUCAGACAAACGUCGACGCAAACUCCCUCUCAAUCAUUGGCUCCCCGAUGGACCGUGGGCGUUUGGUCGCAGUGUUCCACAUCCUGCGGCGUGGGGAAAAGAACGAGAGUCGUAACUUGCGUUACUGAAGGUGCUCCGUGCGAUCUCUCAGAAAAACCUGAGGUACAUGAAACGUGCGACUCAGGACCAUGCCUAGCGAAAUCAACGCCGCUGAACGUUGUUUCUGCGAAGCUACAGAACUCGCAGUGGUUAUUCACUGAGUGGUCUGACCAGUGCUCGGCAGAAUGUGGAACUGGAGUUCAAACUAGAAGAGUUCUUUGCGAAAUGAAUGCUGACGAGGAACAUUGUGACGAAUCGAGUCGACCUGAAACUUCUAGAGAUUGUUCGAGCAAUAGAACUUGCAGCGGUCAAUGGUUCACAGGGCCCUGGACGGAGUGUUCUUCAAACUGCGAUGUGGGUGAGCAAGUUAGAGAUGUUGUAUGUGUUACAACUCUUCGAGGCUCUUUACGUGUCGUCUUGGACAUGAAUUGUCCUGCGAACAAACCUGAAAGUAGAAAAUCAUGUAGAGAGCGUCCUUGCACCUCUACUUGGUUUUUAUCAGACUGGACGCCGUGUUCGCGAUCUUGUGGCAAAGGUGUACAGAAACGCGAAGUCCGAUGCCUGAAUCCGGAUGGCCAACUACCUGAAUUACACCAGCUUCACUGCCGAGAGGAGGAUCGAGCAGUAUCUCGAAGGACAUGCAACGAUUUCCCUUGCAGAGACGACCUACGAGCGCCUGAAACUUCUCAUAGAGUCGUUCAAAUCCAGGACGAUCCCGAAAUAACAAAUGGUGUUGAAGACAAUCCGCUUUGCAAAGACAAAAUGGCUAACUGUAAUUUAGUCACACAAGCUCGGCUCUGUUCUUACCAAUUUUAUCAAGAGUCUUGCUGUUUGUCGUGUUCUCGGGGCAAGCAGGAUUUUGAGUAGAAAUCCCCUCGACACUCAUGCUCAUUACGAUUUUUUAAUGCAAAAAAAAACUGCCUUUAGUAGUAUUUUUUAUUAGUAUAUAUAUCGCCAAUUAAAACUCCUUUUUCGUCGCCUGUACAAAUAAUUUUUAAUAAUUGAUAGAUAGUAAAACUUUUGUACGUUUUAUAUGUAUAGAAGUAUAGACAUGCAUGCUGCGGAGCAAUUUAAUACGAAACACGACUUUAAUAUGUUCGAGAUAUUUGAUAAUGAAACAAAAGAGACUGAUCAUGUGUAUUUGCCAAUUCGUUGUAGUAAUGCAGCAUUUAAAUCCGCACUGUUCUUGAGUAACCAUAAAUAUAUAUAUAUUGAGCAUUAAUAAAUAUCACGCUUUUUCUCUUCAUUGUUCCUUCUUAUCUUCUAUUUCUCUGCUUCCCGUUUAUUUCAACGCUCUAACUUCAGCACAAGGAAUUUUACGUAAAAACAUAUUAUUUAUUAUUAUCAACAAUAAACAGGAGAGUAUACUAUUUACAUUGCCUCUAAAGUAAAAACCUACUGUGUGUAUAUUCCCUAUUAAUAGAAUAAAUUAUACAUGUAUAUACAAAUAAAAAAAUAUUUGAAACUAGACGAGAAGUUGUAUCGUGGAAACAAGAUAGUUUCCAGAUAUUGAAU